AGAAACCCUAGCCGGCCCUCUCCUCUCUCCUUCGUACCCCGCCUCCUCGCGGUUCCCCAAACCCUAACUCUAACCGUAGGAAGUAGGAGUAGGGAUGGUGUCGGGGUCGGGGAUAUGCGCAGAGCGCGUGGUGGUGGACGCGCGGCACCACAUGCUGGGGCGGCUGGCGUCGAUCGUGGCGAAGGAGCUCCUGAACGGGCAGCGCGUGGUGGUGGUGCGGUGCGAGGAGCUGUGCCUCUCGGGGGGGCUCGUGCGGCAGAAGAUGAAGUACCUCCGCUUCCUCCGCAAGCGCAUGAACACCAAGCCCUCGCACGGCCCCAUCCACUUCCGAUCCCCCGCCAAGAUCCUCUGGCGCACCGUGCGCGGGAUGAUCCCCCACAAGACCAAGCGUGGGGAGGCCGCGCUCGCCAGGCUCAAGGCCUACGAGGGCGUGCCCCCGCCCUACGACAAGACCAAGCGCCUCGUCAUCCCCGACGCACUCAAGGUGUUGAGGCUUCAGCCCGGUCAUAAGUAUUGCCUCCUGGGCCGCCUAUCCAAAGAGGUCGGAUGGAACCACCACGACACCAUCAAGGAAUUGGAGGAGAAGAGGAAGCAGAGAGCCCAAGUAGCCUAUGAAAGGAGGAAGCAGCUGGCGAAACUGCGUUUGCAGGCGGAGAAGGCGGCGGAAGAGAAGCUUGGUUCUCAACUCGAAAUACUAGCUCCUUUGAAAUACUAGGGAAUGCUUUUGCUCUUUUUUCUAUAUGGAACACCAAUUUUGCAGUGCUAUUUCCUCUAUUGGUUGUUUUUCUCAGUAGAUAGCACCAUGAUAGAUCUGAAGCUGCCUGUGGCUUUACCUGGCAAACAUUUGUCUUGAUGAAUUUUUUUGAGUCUUGCAAUCUGGUUAGUUUUAAGUUUCAAAUUUGUUUGUGUAUGAACUGCGGUUCUUAUUUAAUGUCCAUUGUUUUACGCAUUGAUUUGA